CAAUGAAAUGGAAACCAAGUGAAAUCAUGAUACAGUAUGUCUUAUGAAGAAGAAAUAUCAACACUUUUUGCAAGGGAUUUGGAUAACUCGAGAGAAAAUGAACGUAAAAUUAUAGCGGAUAUUCAUAAACUUGCAGAUGAGAAUAGAGCACUGCGACGUUCUCUGUCACUAUUACAGCAAAAUGCUACCCUAAGAACGGCAAAAUUAAUAUCUGAACUUGUGAUCUGGGUAGACAAUAUGGUGGAAACUUUUCAGUGCAGUGUGACGAUUCCCGAAUCCACCAAAAGUGUGGGUAUACAUAAGGAAAAAUCAGCUUUUCGACCCAUAUCCCCAGCUUUUGAUGGUCAAAACAAGCCUGCGCCAGAAAUAAUAGUUACUUCAGCAUCGCAAAACCUAGCACAAGCCUUGUCUCCCGUACCUGAAUUUUUUAAACCGAAAAUCAUCAUACCUGAAAGCGAACGUCUGAAAAGCCCUUACGAUCUGUCUCAAAGAGGCGCGAUCUCAAAAGGCGAUUUUUUUUCUCAACGCUCAAUCAUUCCACCAACUUUUAAUCGAUUGGAAGUUAGGCAAGGUCCAUCUCGACCGAAAUCCCCUGGAAUUUAUAAAAGUAAAAUAUCCCAACAUGAGAAGCCAACAGUAGAUUUUAGUGGAAAUUGGACAGAGAAAACCGCACCAUUAAUUCAACCAAAUUUCCCAGAACACGAAGCUGUGCGGCAAGAAGAAUCCGAUUCAGGGUCAACGGGGAGGGAUGUAACAUUUCACCAAGAACCUUUCGAAGACAAUAGAUCGAAAUAUAAUCAAAAGGAUUCACAAAAAACAUUUCAAGGCAACAGUCAUCCACCCAGUUUAUCUGAACAGUCCUAUCAACAAGAGCAUGAACAGGAGGUGCCAAGGGAUAGGGAGAGUCAAUAUCAAAGAACCAAAAGUCCUAUGCCGAAUCAAACACCCAGAGAAACUUAUGAUGAAAGAAACAAAGGUCUCAUGCCCGAACAGAGAACUGGUGAUGGAUAUGAUCAAAGAAGAAAAAGUCCUAUGCCGGAAAAAAUAUCCAGAGAAAUUUAUGAUAUGAGAAGCAAAAGUCCUAUGCCGGAACAGAGUCCCCGAGAAAGAUAUGAUGAAAGAAGCAGGAGAAACAUGCUGGAGCAGAGAACAAGAGAAAAUUUCGAUGAAAGAAGCAAAAUUCUAAUGCCUGAUCAGAGAGCUGGACAGGGAUAUGAACAAAAAAGCACAGACCAAAUGUCGGAACAGAAAGUGAGAGAAAUGUAUGAUAAAAGAAGCAGCGGCCGACUCUCUCAACAAAGGUAUGUUGCAGAGCCAGAACAGAACAUACCGAUGAACAGGGAAUUUUUAUAUCAAAGCAGCAAAUUUCCCAUGUCCGAUCAGAGAGCUAGAGAAAACUAUGACCAAAGAAGUAGAAGCCUCGAGAUGGAGAGAAGAUACGAUACACAGCCUGGACGAGAAGAACCAAACAUCAUGGAAAUUUAUGAUCAAACAAACAAAAGUCUCAAGCCGGAACCGAAAGACAUGGAAGGAUUUAAUCGAGGACGUAGAAGUCCCAUGCCAGAACAAAAGGACAAGGAAAAAAUUGAUCAAGGACGUAGAAGUCCCAUACCACAACAGAGAGCCAGAGAAAAAAUUAAUCAAGGACGCAGUAUUUCAAUGCCAGAACGGAGAACCAGGGAAAGAUAUGAUCACGAAAGCAAAAGUCACAUGCCGGAACAGAGGGCCCUGGAAGGAUAUGAUCAAAGGAGUAGAAGUCUCAUGCCAGAACAGAGAGUCAGGGAAGGAUAUGAUCAAAGAAGUAGAAGUCUCAUGCCACAACAAAGAGCCAUGGAAGAAUUUGAUCAAAGAAGUAGAGGUCCCAUGCCAGAACAGAGAGUCAGGGAAGGAUUUGAUCAAAGAAGUAGAAGUCUCAUGCCAGAACAGAGAGCCAGGGAAGAAUUUGAUCAAGGUAGCAGAAUUCCAAUGUCAGAACAAAGCGUCAUGGAAGGAUUUGAUCAAAGAAGUAGAGGUCCCAUGCCAGAACAGAGAGUCAGGGAAGGAUUUGAUCAAAGAAGUAGAAGUCCCAUGCCACAACAGAGAGUCGGGGAAGGAUCUGGUCAAAGAAGUAAAAGUCUCAUGCCAGAACAAAGAGUCGGGGAAGGAUUUGAUCAAAGAAGUAGAAGUCCCAUGCCACAACAAAGAGCCAUGGAAGGAUUUGAUCAAAGAAGUAGAAGUCCCAUGCCACAACAAAGAGCCAUGGAAGGAUUUGAUCAAAGAAGUAGAGGUCCCAUGCCAGAACAGAGAGUCGGGGAAGGAUUUGAUCAAAGAAGUAGAAAUCUCAUACCAGAACAGAGAGUCAAGGAAGGGUCUGAUCAAAGAAGCAGAAUUCCAAUGCCAGAGCAAAGCUUCAGGGAAGGAUUUGAUCAAGAAAGUAGAAGUCCUAUGUCAGAGCAGAGAAACAGAGAAAUGUAUGACCAAAGAAGUCUUGCGCCAAAACAGGAAUGUUUUAAAGAGGCUACAUUGAAUGAACAGGAUGUACCGAGAAAGAGAGAAAAUCUUGAACAAAGGAGUUAUUCGCCGCAACAGAAAUAUGUCACAGAGACUAAAAUAGGGCAGGGUAUACCAAAGAACCAGGAGAAUUAUGAUAAAAGAAGCAGAGACUCGAGAUCUGAAAGGAGAGUCAGUGCAGAGACAAACAAUCUCUCCAAAUCUCCCACUCCAGAGAGAAGUCAACGGUCAGAUUAUGGAAUAGAGGAGCUGGAAAGUAUGGACCAUAUGUUAUCCGCAGGCCAGCAAAGAAAACAAGUUAAUGAUAACUCAGAUGCAGUUGUUCCACAGCAUGAUAGUUCCUUAGAGAAAAACCUGUCCGUGUAUUCGAAGUCUGAUCAAAGAUCGGUUGGCGAAGACCGCACAGGUCGAAAUGUAGUUGGAGAUCCUAUAGCUACCUCAACUCCAAAAACUCAGAGAGGUGUGGGGGAACCGAUAGCCACAUCUACUCCAAAAACCAGGGAAGAAAAAUUAGCAGACAGUAUUAUGAACAAAGUGAAUCCUCCAAUAAGUCGCCCUAUAGACCAGUUGAUUGGAAUCGAUCCCACGAUGACACAAGCGCGCUGGCUGAAGGCUGCCAUGAUAAGGAAGAACAAGAGACUUAUCGGAGAAAUCGCGUUUCAGAUGGAUAGAAGAAUCCUGGAAUACGUUUUUGCCUGGGAUUCAGGCAGCAAAAAUGCAAAGAAGAGGCGCUAUUAUGGCUUCAGUAUUGCCAAUAUUGGCUCUAUGAUUCAAAAAGAGGCGGUUCAACCAGAUGGUUCUAGAGAUGCCCGAAAAGAGCUAGAAAUGCGCAAACGGUUUGAAAAUUUGGUCAGAACUUUAGCUAAACUGGGAUACAAUUUGGAUCAACAUGGGGAGUUUUCACAAGACAUGGUCAAUAAGUAUGGACUGUUAAGUGGUCCACCAAGCAGGAAAAUGGUAGCUGAGUUAGGAUUGGAGGAUCCAAUGGUUUUGCGGGUGUUGUUUUCUCAGCUAAUUGAGGAUGAGAAGGAACUGAAUAAUGUGUUAGUUUUACUCGAUUGUUUAUGUUUAUUAGCAUAUGAAGACAAACGUCCUCUGUUCAUGUGGUAGUUAUGUGGUAAAUAACCUUGUUAUUGUCAUUGAAAAUAAAUUAAUUUGUAAAUGUUUUAUGUACUUUUUUAUUAUGAUCUUGACUUAGAAAAACUGAUGAUCGUUAUACAUUGUAUGG